CUUCAAUCCUAAUAGGACAUAUAUAAACGCUUGCUCUCCUCAUCACGCUGUAUGCCAAUAGCUGCUAAGUUCCAUGGAAAGCACAAAACCUCUAGCAAUCGAUAGUUUUUCGUAUAGCUGGUUGCCUAGAGUAAGGACCUCCUUUGAUGGUCUCGAUGAGCCUCUCCGACCUUCUUUCGUCGAAUCUGAAAGUUAUCCAGAGAAAUCCCAGAAUUUCAAUUUCAAUGUCUCCAUCUCUCAGCUAUCCCCUACUCUUCUACAUGCCGAUGAGCUCUUCGCCGAUGGCAUCAUAAAACCUUUCUUUGCUGGUAAGGCGGACAAUCAGAACUUUCAGGCAUCCAGUUCCUUGAAAACCUGUCCUACCCGGUCACUCUAUUCAUUUGCUCGAAAGACUAUUUUCCCGGCCAUUCGGGUUCAUUGGAUUGCUCCUGCAAGAUUGAGAAAAUCAUCAGUGCAAGCUCUACGGAGGUGUAUUGCUUAUCUUAGACCCUCAUGCUUCAAGUCUGGAUACGGAAGAAAAAGCACUAAAGCUGAUGUUGAUAGGAGGUUUCAGGAACUUGGGAGCUGGAAUUGUUCACCGCAACCAUCUCAACCUCAAACUUCAGCUUCAGCCUAUGUAACAGGUGACUGGAACGACACCGAGAGCUCAAUUUAUGAGGCAAUCCUUCACUGCAAAAGGUGCACAGUUGCAUAAAAGGUCGGCAAGUCACAAUUUGACUUUCUUUGAUCGCUCAACCAAAAAAACAAAUAUUCUUUGAUCCACUUUUCUUUCUUACUCGAACAGUUGCUUUUCAUGCUUGUAAAGACUAGAGGAUGGAAGUUGGAUUAUAUGAUGGAAACUGGAAAAAGAUUGCAGAAAAAUUUCAGAAAUGCAAAGAGGCCUAGCAGCGAAGGCUUCUCUUUGUCCCAGCCUCGGUGUCUUCUUCCUGCUUUGGUUUUUGGCGAGAAUUCUUCUUUAAUUAGAGGAGAAGCUUCCUACAGAGAGUGUGAAGAACUACUAAUAAAAUGUCAGCAGCUGAAAGUUACAUGUAUUGUUUCUUUUUUUUUGCAUGAUGAAGUUAUGUAGCUUGUCUUCCCAU